UGGAGGAGCUUCCUGCAGCCGAGCAGGCCCCGCAGAAGCCGCAGGCCCCGGAGGAAGUGAGCAGCUUGGCCCUGCCUCCCAGAAGGCCCCUGCUGACCUAGGGACCCAGAGACUGCUUCUGUUUGGACCCCGGGGACCCCUGUUUGAGUUCCUUGGAGCUCAUUUGCUGGAGUGGAGGACACCACCAGCACAGUGAUUUGCCCACCCGUAGCCAGCUCCUACCCUGCUUGGCUUGGGAGAAGAGACGCCCUCUGCUCCCUGCAUCCCCAGGGCUGGCAAGGAGACAUGGAGGCAGAGACCUUGUACAACCUGCUGCAGCUUCCCAAGGAGGCCACACCACCAGCAGACGAGGAGCUCCUGCAAGGACAGAAGAAGAAAUACCUGUCACCCACCUCCCGGGCGGAUCCGAAGCUGGCCGAACUGCAGAAGGUGCUGAUGGAGUGGAUCAACACCCAGCUCCACUCCGAGCACAUUGUGGUCCGAAGCCUGGAGGAGGACAUGUUCGAUGGGCUCAUCCUGCACCACCUUUUCCAGAAGCUGGCCGCACUCAAGGUGGAAGCAGAGGAGAUUGCCUUGACGGCUGCAAGCCAGAGGCGCAAGCUCGAGGUCGUCCUGGAGGCAGCCAACCAGAGUCUGCAGGUGGAGGAACUGCAGGUCAAGUGGAGCGUGGAGACCAUCUUCAACAAGGACCUGCUGGCCACCUUGCACCUCCUUGUGGCCCUGGCCAAGCGCUUCCAGCCUGACCUGCCCCUCCCGAGCAAUGUGCAGGUGGAGAUGGUCACCACAGAGAGCACCAGGAGCGGCCUGAAGUCCAAGAAGUUGGUGGAACAGCUCACGGACUGCAGCACAGACAAGGACCAGCCUUCGAAGGACGUCUUUGAUGAAUUAUUUAAGCUGGCUCCAGAGAAAGUGAGUGCUGUGAAGGAGGCCAUCGUGAACUUCGUCAAUCAGAAGCUAGACCGCCUGGGCCUGUCUGUGCAGAAUCUGGACACGCAGUUUUCAGAUGGAGUCAUUUUACUCCUGCUGAUUGGACAACUGGAGGGCUUCUUCUUGCACUUGAAGGAAUUCUACCUCACUCCCAGUUCUCCUGCAGAAAUGGUACGUUUUUCCGAUUUUCCUUGAUGGGCGACCUUUGAGUGGACAGAUCUAUGGAAUUAGCAUGACCUGUUUUUAUUUAUUCACUUUCAUGUCAAGUGAAGGGUGGGGGGAUGAGUUUGUUUGUGCAUGUGUCUUCCCAUCCAACUACCCAGCCACCCUCUGCACCCACACAUACCCACUGACUUGCCCAUUCACCCACCCACCCAGCUCAUCCAUCCGUCUUCCCACUCAUGUGCCCAUCCACCCAUUCAUCCAUCCGUCCAUCCAUCUGUCCAUCUACCCAUCCCCCCGGGAAGCUGAUCCCUCAUUUCUUGAGGUCCUGCUUGGUGUCAGGCCUUAUGCUGGGUGGGCCAGAAAACAGUCCAGCCCAGGCUCCUGCUUCCAAGAGCCUCUCCAUUUAUACCCUGAGCUGAGGUCUCCCAGGGCCACAGUGAAGCGUGUCGGUUUGUGGUGGGUGGGUCAGUGGGGAACCAGAAAGAAAGAGUGGUUAGUAUAACCCCAAGCAGUCGGGAAAGGCACAGCACAAGAGGUGACAUGGGGAGCUGGUUAGGGUUUGGUUUUCCGAGGUAACUAGGGGAAGGCUGCCAGCAGGGUGAACAGCAUCAUCCGAGGCUCGGAUGCGGACAAACCAGGACGUUUCAGGACGGUAUCCGGGGGCCGCCCAGCUGCAGGGACUGGCCGGGGGUCUGGCCCCGGGGGACGCGGACUCCCCUGUGAGCCCUGCAGGCCAUGGGCUGCGAGGGAGAUGGCUGCCCUGGCCCAGGCGGGAGGCUCUGUGGCCGGACUGCAGGAAGGGGUGCAGAGAAGACAUUGCUGGUGGAAGCGAUGGGGCCAGCCUCCUAGGCGCAGGUCUGCUUCCUGGCUUGCAGCUUUCAGCGCCCCUCAGGGCUCCGGCUUGCCUGCUCUGCUCUGCUGCCCCCGCAGCCCCCAGGCCCCUGCCCCAUGGAGCUGCUGCAGUUCCUCCAGCUCAUCACACUGUCCCACCUCCGGGCUUUUGCAGGGGCUGCUCCCCUGCCGGGAAUGCGCUUUCCAUGUGGAAGACCUGCCAGGGAGGGGAGAGGACUCUCACUCCUCUCCCGGUGAGGGAACUGAGGCCCACAGGGGCAGCGACGUGAGCUAGUUGUCCAGCUCUGUGUAAAGGCAGGUGCGGCAGAGGCACAAGAGGCCUCAGGGUCCCGGCCCCAUCACUCAGGGUUCUUGUCUCUAAAAUGGGCUCACCCCCAGACCACCCAGAUGGUAAGAAAGAGUUCGGGGAGUCACGGAGGCAGAAACAUGGAGGGGCCUGCGGUCCCCGGCCCCACCCAGGCCGCAGCUGGUGGGGCUGGAGGUGUGGCUGAAGGGCUGGCUGGAGCUCUGGGCAGUGGGCAGCCUGCCCAGGACCCCAGGUGGCCAGCUCAUCCCUGUCCACACCAGGGUCCCUGUGGCCCACCUGGCCUCCACCCUGGGAUGGGGGCAGCCCCUCUGUCCUCAGCCACAGCUUUUCCUGAGGAGGAUGCCAGGCAGGGCUGGGGGCCCCUCCCAGUGCCAGCCUGAGGGCCGUUUCUGGGCAAAGGGGGGAUUUCUGUUGGCUUUGACAUGGCUGCAUGUCCCUGGGGAAGGCCCACCAUCCUGAGGCUGGGGCAGACCGCCUGGCCUCCCUGUGGGGGGGUGAGGCUCCGCACCCUGGACCCUGGCCUCCCACCUGGUCCCUCCUCCAGGCCCCUCCCCUAACUCCUCCCCCACACGGGGGCACCUGUCCAGCAGCAAGCCUGACCUCCCGGGCUCAGGCAUUCUGCACCCCCACCACCCAGCCCCCUGCCCACCUGUGUCCCCAGACUCUCCCUGCUCCUGGCCUCACCCUCUCUCCCCCAGCCUGCAGCCCUGCCCUGGCCGGGCCUCUUGCAUCCCUAGGUCUUUGCCUGGGUGCUCCCUGGACCUAGCUUGCCCCCUGCUUUGUUCCAACCCACCUAGCCAGUGGUCAGCGCCCCCUCCCCACUGAGCCCCUCGGCAUUGUCUAGGCCCCUGAGCUUGGCUUCUCUCUCCUCUUGGAGCUACAACCUACACCUAACCUCACCUGGCCUUCACCCCAUUUCAUCCUCACGCCCCACACCUGUGAGGGGGCAGGGCAGGGCUUGUUUCUCCAGUUCAGGAGCAGAUGCUGGGGACUUGCCCGUGACCACUCCGCUGCCCCGUGGCAGGUCUGACCCCAGGACUGGCCGUUGCACCAGGCAGAUGCGGUCUUUAGUGGGCGUGGUCCCCACCUUCCCAGGGGGCAGGGGCACUCCUGAAGCUUGAUUCAAGACUCCGACUCCCCAGAGCUGGGUGUUGGGCAAGGAGCAAAUAGGUGGGAACAACGCAGUGCUGGUUCUGGCGGCAGAGGUGGAAACAGUGAUCCAGAUCUCCUGGGUUCUGCCCUUUCUCUGUGCCACAUGCCGCUCAUCCUCCUCCUGGGACCAGCAGUGAACCUGGCCUUCUCGUGACAAUGGCAGAGACACACGAGACUAAGCAGGACACGUCCACCUCAUGUGUUGGCCAGAGCAGGCCGUGUGGCCUUGGGGGGGUGUGAUGGAGCUCUGCAAAGUGUGUGGGUGCAGAGGAGGGAGGGAUCACCCAUGGCACGGUGGAGGGACUUGCUAAUUCCUCCUGGCAGGGAACCUCUGAGUUGGAAGCUCUUCUUGUCCCAUUUCCACAAAGGAAACUGAGUUCAGAGAAGCAGGGUGAUCUGGCCAAGAGCACACAGCUUGUUAGGAGAGAAGUCAGACUGGCAUCCAAGUUUGUCUGUUUCCAAAGCCAGAGCUGUCUCUCUGUUUCCUUCCUGGGAAACCAGGUGAGCCCCAGGGUCUGGGAAAACAGAGGGCCCUGGUCUACGGCCAAGAAGGAGGCCUGUGAGGCGCAAUGCAAGGGCUCAGGAGGGUGCAAGCCAAGCUCGGUGCCAAUCCUGUGCCCAGAAGUGUGAACGGUGAGCGGAGGCAGGAGGCUGAGCAGGGCCGGCCGCAUGCAGGCUGACCCAGAGCAGCACGGGGCCCCUCUUUGUUACUCGGGUGUCGGUGCUUCGUGGGACUUCAGUACUACCAUGCUCAGUAUUUUGCAUGCUUCCAAACCUCAGUGACAGGACAGGCACCCCAACUUCUAACAUCCCUGUGUGCAGCUGGCUUGCUGAACCCUCCAAUCUUAGAACCAGCUUCCUCAUAUGAGCUACGCUGUAUGUCGGGGCAAAGCAGCAGCCUCUUAGCUCAGACCCCAGGAAUGAACCGUUACAGUGUGUUGUAGGAAAUCGCAGCUGCGUGAAUGUAUAAUAAACAUGCUGGACAGGUCAUUAGCUGAAAAGGGCAGGAAUGACUCUUCAGUCCCUUUGUAAAGGUGGGACAUCCAAGGAAUUGUCAUCUUGGCAGAGUGGCCUCUGGAAAUUGAAUUUCUCAUUAUUACACCUCCCUUGCCCAUGGU